AUGGGCCAAGCUGCGAGUGCUAUAGUGAAUGCGCUUGAUCGUAGCAAAGAAGAUGAGAUGAAAGCGAAAGAACAGCUUGAGCUAAUGAUGAAGCUCGCAGAUGCCCGCUUAAAUACUUUCGAAGGGGAGCUGAAGUCGAUGUUUCUCGAUCAUGAAUCUGCGAUGAAGACGAGCGUGCCGGGGAAGAGGGCACUUCGCUUCGAGCGAUAUGUCCAAGUUGAUACGGAGAGUACGCCGGGCGACGGCGUUGACAAAGCUGUGGACGCUUUUUUCGGUGCCGGCGACACGGGCUUAAAUGGUGUCCUCGAUGGGUUCAAGAAUGUCGUUAAGACUGGGCUUUCCACUAUCCUUGGAGACACCUCAGCCGGCGAGAGUUACGAUAAAAACAAUGCAAUCAUCCGCGUGGACAUGUAUACGUACAAAUACAACUUCGCCACAAAAGGAGUGAUUUCAACUCAUAAGAACAUCUUGGCAUACAUUCUCUGUAUCUCGGUAGUAGACCAUCGAGAUGUGACGGUAGAUGAACUAAUCUACCUUGCCUCUGAGUUUGCAGGAGAUGGCGCUGUCGGCCCAGAUAGCGGCUUUGAGAAAUACUUGGAGAUGAUCAUGAAAACGUGGAAUAAGCUUAAAGCCAUAGACCCGUUGCCGACAGUCGGGAGACAAGCAAUCGACUAUCCUUCGUUAGCUGUCAGGUCGGUUGGCCCUGCUUUUUUAAUUACCCAUUAA